AUGAUUCACACGCCGGCACUGCUUAUGCUGGACGAGCCAACUGUGGGCGUAGACUCACUGAUCCGCUGCCGCAUUUGGCAACAUUUGCUAGACUUGUGCCAAAACAAUAAAGAGGAGGCACAGGGAGCACAUACAGUGGGCUUUAUUUACGAGGGCAAACUGCUGGCCCAAUCUAACCCUAUUGAAUUACAACACCAAUACCAAUGCAAUACAUUAGAGGAGGUGUAUUAUAAACUCGUUUCUAAUCAAGCAGAUAUAACGGUCCACAUAAAUAACAACACGCAUCGUGACAAUAUGACCACCUCCGAUAACACAGCACACCUACACAAUACAGAUGUUCAAAUACUAUGUGCAAACUGGCGACGUGUGCGGACCCUGUUAUGGAAAGCGUGGCUACGAACACGUGCAAUAAUCACGAUUUUGGUGUGGGUGAUGGGCCGGGACCCGAACCGCAUGCCCGUCGCCAUAUACAACGCCGAUCCGGACGGCGAGUUAGCCAAACAAUUUAUAGCAACCAUAGAUAACCGGCAGUUACAAGUCGUUCACUACCCGUCCAACGAGACGGCGGUUAUGGCAGUAGUCGAUGGCCAGGCGCUGAUGGCCCUGAAGUUUGGGCCGGAUUUUAGCAACGCUAUGACCGCCAAACUCGCCGACCCGUUACGUGUCAGCGACGAUGAUCUGGCGGACAGUGAGAUACGGGCGGCGGUCGACGCGUCCGAUCAGGUGUUGGCCACUUUCGGCCAGCUAUAUCUUGUUCAAACAUUUUACAAAUUUAUGGCAAAUCAUACCAAACACAUCGGUCACAAUCCGCUGGCUUACGGCCUACCGAUAAGCACCCAUAUUACGCACGGGUCGGGUGGCGCCCAGUACUACAGGAACUACGCGGCGCCGUCAAUACUCAUACAGAUUCAGUACAUACUGCCUAUGAUUGGACAGGCGUUUGCUUUGUUGGGCGAACGGCUUAUGGUAACGCUGGACAGAGAUAUAUGCGCAGGAGUCCGACCCCUCGAGAUCUUGAUCACUCAGCUGUCGGUACACGGAGCGCAUGUGGUGGCACAGUCGCUACUAUCCCUGUUAGUAACGUUUUACUUCUACGGACUCACCAUGGUCGGCGAUCCGGCGCUGGCAUUAUUACUAUUUAUCAUUGUGGGAUUUAAUGGUAUGCUUACCGGUACCCUAUUGGCACUGGUGUACGAUGGCGCAGCGACCAUAAUGAAAAACAAUAAUAAUAUUAAUAAUAACAUUAAUAACAACACUAAAGAAUGCAAUAUUCGGGUCCAACAGAAAGUGGACACCAAUUUUGGGCGUAUAUUCACGAUCGGGACGUAUAGAAAAAUGCCCGAAAAUGUGGGCCAAAUGAGACGUUAUUGUCAAGAAAACAUGGACAUGCUAAACUUCAUAAAAAAUUACACGGACAAAUGCCUAGAGCAUUUACCAAAACAAGUGUCAUCGGUGUUCAUAUAUACGGAACAGAAGACUCUAUUCGAUACGGUGUGCAAAAAGGACAGCAAACAGCGCCGGGAUCUGUUCAAAGCGAGCCCCUGUGCUAACGCCGGGGCCAACGAGUUUGUCAAAUGCCAUCACAACCUCAUUGACGCUAUGGUGGCCCUCAAGUCGGCCAAAGACGAUAGGCUUAAAAUACCAUACGUGUGCUGCGAAUACUGGAAAGUGCGGGCCUGUAUGGUUCAUUCGGGCAAACGAGUUGAACAGUGCGACAAUAAAAAGGUGGACACAAUACUCAAGUACAUCGACUCGUUGACCGACAACGUGUUAGAUCUAUUAUGUGGCGAUUACCAGGAGGGCACCGAUAAAUGUUAUCGCCUAGGUGACGCGCCCCGGCAGGCCCUAACCCGACUGACCCGAUCAAAAUCAUUUCUUUUUCCAGUUAUCGAGAUGCUUAAGGAUUUCCCCAAUAUUCAGGGUUAA